AAAAUCUAGUAUAUGUUUGAAGAGCAACCUGUAAACCAGUUCGGAACUGCGUAUUAAAUAAAUGUCACGGAAUAAAAAAAAAAAAUGAUUCACAGAAAGUGAUGUUGCAUGACAGUGCAAGAGGUCAGCACACUUUCGAUUGCAAAUUUUCAAGGCUGUCAACCACGGGUCAAUAUUCCCGUGUAGUCAGUUAGAGCUGGCCAGUCUGGUGGUGUGUGUGAUAGUCAUGAAUGUUAACGUUAACAUCAUCGUCAUCACAUUGCUAGUAAUCAUUAAUCUAGUCGACAGCGGAAGCACUGGAUCAAAAUUUGGUUAUAAGUCAGGAAUCAAAGAUUUUAUAUCAGAAAAAACUAGAGUUUCCUUGAUGUGCCGGUCAAGUGAUAUUCAAGUGAAUUUGAAUUUCUCCUACCCUUUCCGAGGAUUGGUGCAUGCAGGGAAAAAAGACAGCGGUUGCAGUUUCCGGGGUGACGGAAAGCUUUCCUACUCACUUAAUGUUCCUCAUGCUUCUUGUGGCACCAUUCAUGUAACACCACAAGACAGUUUUGCAAAUACCCUCACAAUACGUUACCACCCAGCAUUGGAGUUGGAAGGAGAUGAAAUUAAGACUAUUCUCUGUAAAUACGGAACUGGAAGUCUUUCCAGAACCUACUACCUGGAAUCUUAUGUAAGCAAUUAAGACCAAAUGAAGAAAUCCAAAAUGUAUAACCUUUUGUACUUAAAUAAAAUAAAGAAGAAAACA